AUCAGCUGAAAAUUUACAGUGUUUGUGUUUAUUUUCUUCAAAGUAUUCUGUAUUUUUAUACAGUUUUAUAUUAAUGUCAUUUAUGUUAAACCAUUCCUAAAAUCUCGAUAUAAAUUAAAAUGGCUUCUGGGUUCAGUGGUGCUUUACAACUAACAGACCUUGACGAUUUCAUUACUCCUUCACAGGAAUGCAUAAAACCAGUGAAAAUAGAAAAGACGAAAAGUAAAACAGGCGCUAAAAUCAAAAUCGGUGAAGACGGAUAUUUCGAUGUAUCAAAUGGCCAAGAACAGAAACUACAGAAAGUUGAGAUCACACUGGCCGAUUGCCUCGCAUGCAGUGGCUGUAUUACUUCUGCAGAAAGUGUGCUGGUGACACGGCAGAGUCAGGAGGAGCUAUUGAGAGUUCUAUCGGAGCGUAAGUACACAGACACAAGAGGUAACACCAAUGAAGUAAGCCUGGUGGUGGUGUCUAUGUCACCUCAGCCGGUGCUGUCUCUCGCUGCACGCUAUAAGCUAAGCUCCGAGGAUGCUGUUAAGAAACUUGCAGGUUACUUCAAGAGUAUUGGUGUAGAUAUAGUUCUAGACAUGACAGUAGCGGAUGACCUUAGUCUUCUGGAGGCCCAGCAAGAGUUCCUACAGCGCUACCAUGAACAGCAAAGCGAUCCCACUUCCAAACAGCUGCCUAUGCUAUCCAGUUCUUGUCCAGGUUGGGUGUGUUACGCGGAGAAGACGCACGGCAACUUCAUUCUGCCCUACAUCUCGAGCACUAAGUCCUCGCAGCAGAUAAUGGGGGCGCUGGUGAAGGGGGAGGUGGCGCGCCGCCGCGGCCUCGCCCCCGCCACUCUCUACCACGUCACUCUCAUGCCUUGCUACGACAAGAAGCUGGAGGCCUCACGCGAGGACUUCUACAGUGAACUGCUCAACUGCCAUGAUGUCGACUGUGUUGUUACUGCCAUUGAGUUAGAACAAAUGUUGAGCAACAGUGGCAAGUCUUUAUGCGAUGUGGUCGAGGCCGAGCUGGACGCGGUGUGGGGCGGCGAGGCGGAGGAGCCGGGGCUGCGCGGACACGCCGGCUCGGGCUCCGGGGGCUUCGCGCACCACGUGUUCUUACACGCCGCUGAACAGCUGUUCGGUAUCACCGACCCCCCGAUGGUGUACAAGGAAUUUAGGAAUCCGGACUUCAAGGAGCUGACGCUGGAGCACGAGGGGCAGGUGGUGCUGCGGUUCGCGGUGGCCAACGGGUUCCGCAACAUACAGAACCUGGUGACAAAGCUGAAGCGCGGCAAGUCUCCGUACCACUACGUAGAGGUCAUGGCUUGCCCCUCCGGUUGUCUGAACGGCGGAGCGCAGGUGCGCGCUAGUGGUGGGGAGAGCGGGCGCGAGCUGGUGGGGAGGCUGGAGGCUGCGUACGGCGCUCUGCCCCGCGCUCUGCCCGCGCGCUCUCAGCUCGUGCGACAUCUCUACCACUGCCUGCACGGCGCCGGCUCCGACAAGGUCAGAGCAAUGCUGCACACCACAUACCAUGCCAUACAGAAAAAUGAUAUAGCGCUUAAUAUUAAGUGGUGAUACAAACUCUUCUCCUUACAGUUCUUCUAAUAUUUAUUUAAGCUUAUAGUUGAAAUCUGCGUAUUGU